UCACAUGACAUGGAUCUGACACCGAGUAUGGCGGAUUCGAGUGUAGAGGGCGGGUGUUCUGUGCCGAGACGUCGGCUCGGUUCCACGAUCGCUCUCAAAGUUUUCGGUUAUAACCAAAGAGAAUUGGGUGCGAGAUGUGUGACAGUGUCAAGGAAAGGUUUUGCCCACGAUUCACAGCCCAGUGACACCCUUCGGCUAUAAUGCCACUCGCUACACUCACUGCGCCCUGGAGCGAACUCCAGGCACCCGAAAAGCAACGCUCUGAGAUAUUACCAGAAAUUGACGGAAGUAUGAAUGUGCCAGGCGAAGCGCGUGGAUCACGUUCCAACAGUUGUGCCGAUACCCACGAGAUUGAACUGAAGGAAUUGUCUAGGGAUGGGUAUGACAAGGCGUAUCCUGCACAAUUUGAACUACUCAAGGUCCUGGGUCAAGGAUCAUUCGGCAAAGUAUUUCUGGUGCGAAAAAUUGUUGGCAAAGAUGGUGGACAUCUCUACGCCAUGAAGGUUUUGAGAAAGGCUACGCUCAAAGUACGAGACAGGGUGAGGACAAAAAUGGAACGUAAUAUACUCGUAGACGUCGAACACCCGUUCAUAGUAAGGUUGCAUUAUGCUUUUCAAACAGAGGGUAAACUAUACCUCAUUCUGGAUUUUUUACGUGGAGGCGACUUAUUCACCAGACUGUCCAAGGAGGUCAUGUUCACGGAGGACGAUGUCAAGUUCUACUUGGCCGAACUCGCUCUCGCCCUAGGCCAUAUUCACAGUCUCGGCAUCAUCUACAGGGACCUUAAGCCGGAAAACAUACUACUCGACGCAGAUGGCCACAUUUCGUUGACCGACUUUGGAUUGAGCAAGCAACCCCUAGACGAUACAAAAACCUACUCUUUCUGCGGCACCGUAGAAUACAUGGCUCCGGAGGUCGUGAACCGCAAGGGACACUCAUUCGCCGCUGACUGGUGGAGCUUUGGUGUUCUAAUGUUCGAAAUGCUUACGGGCGCUCUGCCAUUCCAAGGAGCGAAUCGCAAGGAAACGAUGACACAGAUCCUGAAGGCAAAAUUAGGAAUGCCGAACGGAAUAUCAACCGAGGCCCAAGCCCUACUUCGGGUUCUGUUCAAGAGAAAUCCGGCGAACAGACUGGGAUCCGGUGGCGUGGACGAGAUAAAAAGCCAUACGUUUUUCACCUCGAUUGAAUGGGAGGCUUUGUUUUUGAAGAAAGUGAAACCACCGUUCAAGCCCACCGUACGAAGAGAGGACGAAGCCUUUUACUUCGACAGCGAGUUUACCUGUAAAACCCCGAAAGAUUCCCCCGGGGUGCCACCAAGUGCCAACGCUCACGAAUUAUUUCGAGGGUUUAGCUUCAUCGCUCCUUGUCUCCUAGACGAACGUACGAAAACGCCGAGUGGAAUGCCGCCAACUGCCACGACGUCGUCGAUAGCGCCGCAAGUAUCGGCUACCCAUACGACCGCGCCGACAUCGAAUGUCGUUGGCGGAGAGUUGCAGUCCAACGCGGUAUCUAGAUAUACGAAUCGUAGCACAAUAACCGACGAGUAUGACCUCAAGGAGGCAAUCGGCAAAGGUAGUUACAGCGUUGUCUAUCGCGCCGUACACAAGUGCACGAGGACGGAAUACGCCGUAAAGGUGAUCGAUAAAUCGAAGAGGGAUCCGUCCGAGGAAAUUGAAAUACUGCUGCGGUACGGGAGGCAUCCACACAUAGUUUCGUUGCGCUCGGUACACGAGAACGAGGGACGGGUUUACCUCGUUCUCGAUUUGCUCCGUGGCGGUGAGCUCCUCGAUCGUAUCCUGGAGCGGCGAAAUCUAACCGAAAGAGAGGCUGCCGAGGUAACGCACACGAUCGCCGGCGUUGUACAGUAUCUCCACGAGAACGGGGUUGUUCAUCGGGACUUGAAACCGUCCAACAUAUUGUACGCGAAGGAAGGGAGCGAUCCCACCACUCUCUGCAUUUGUGAUUUGGGUUUCGCUAAGCAACUACGUGCCGAGAACGGUCUGCUAAUGACUCCGUGCUACACUGCGAAUUUCGUAGCACCAGAAGUAUUAAAAAGACAGGGUUACGACGCCGCCUGCGACAUAUGGUCACUCGGGGUCCUGCUCUACAUCAUGCUCUCCGGGUGUAUUCCAUUCGCCAACAGCCCAGGGGACAGCGCGAAAGAGAUUCUGGAUCGGAUUGGGCCGGGUCUCGUGGACGUCGAGAGCGGGGCGUGGACCGUGGUAUCCAAAGAGGCCAAGGAGUUGGUCAGAAGAAUGCUCCACUUAGACCCUGCUAAGCGUCCCACCGCGUCCGCUAUUCUACAGUACCCUUGGAUAGCUAACCGUCAUCGUCUGCCCCACAAAUUCCUGCCCCCCGUCACCAGGGAUCUUCGUAGCCUCAAGACUGCCGUUGCGGCGACUUAUAAGGCCAUAUCCAGUAGCCCUCGAUCCCCGCAUAUCGGUCCGAUUGUUCUUUCCGAGCUAGCCCGACGAAGGACCCAGGCCAAGCCGGCGACUGCGACCGGUCUCGUCGGUACCUCCGAAUAAUUAUAAUAGCUAAUAGGUACGAUCGAGGAUCGGCCAAUGACGAGAGAUGGUUUACAACCGACUACAGAGCUCCGCAGGGGUAUGGAGACAAUGACAUCGGCUGCGAACGAAAACUCGAACAGGAGAAUAAAAUGAAGAAGCAACAAAACGAGACGAAGAGUAAUGAAAUGGAGUGGAAAAUAACGACGAUAAUUAAUUAGCUGUAUACAAACAAACUCCGCUUCGUCGUAUGAAUUAUAUUCUAACAAUUGAAAAUUGCCGAUGACGUCUCGUCAUUUCUUGACUUUAUGCGACAUUGGAUUUCAGGAAGACAAAUGCGCGAUAUUUGAUAUAACUAUACGUAAUAUGUAUACAUUAAUAUUACAACACAUGCCGUUUGCGACGGUGAAAACAGUUUUGUACAAGUAUGAUGAUAAAGUUUGUCAUCCAUUGAUAUACAUACACAAGUGUCUCGAUAAUAAAAGUAAACCGGUUUUACCUAUA